AUGAGCACCACCCCUGGCCCAGAAGCUUCUCUCAAACAGAGUGCCAAGUCUAUCUAUGAACAGAGAAAGCGCUACUCCACUGAGGUUAUGUCCGACGUUUCCACCAAUGCAGUCAAUCACCUGGUGACCUUCUGCCUGGGUGAGGAUGCCAUACACACGGUGGAGGACGCCUCGCAGAAGCUGGCCCUCAUGGACAGCCAAGGCCGCAUCUGGGCCCAGGACAUGCUGCUGAGCGUGUCUCCCAGCCACGUCACGCUGCUGGACCCGCUCUCCAAGGAGGAGCUGGAGUCCUACCCGGUGAGCGCCAUCGUGCGGUGCGACACGGUGAGGCCGCCCGGCCAGAGACGCCCUCUGCUGCUGCUCGUGUGCCAGGAGCCGGAGCGCGCGCAGCCCGACGUGCAUUUCUUCCAGGGCCGGUGUGUCGGGGUGGAGUCGAUCCAAGAGGAAAUCCAGAAAGCUCUGCACAACUACCGCUCGGGCUGCGGGGAGCGCAGGGCGGCGGCACUCAGGGCUACGUCAGUGGAGCCACAGCAACACCCCUCGCCCGUCGCCGAGGCCGCGCCCCUGCCGCAUCGCCCGACAUUCCGCGCGGCGAUCCACACCGUGCAGCCGGCCGCGGGCCGCGGGCGACCCCAGGUGGAGCCCAUCCCAGAGGCGGAGGAGACGCGGAGGCCGGGCCGGGAGGAGGUCUGCCUCAGCUCUGACCCGGCCUCCCCAGACCUGGGGCCCCGUGGCCCGGACCUGGCCAGUCUGCAGGCGGAGCGGGAUGUGGACAUCCUGAACCACGUGUUUGACGACGUGGAGAAGUUCAUAUCCAAGCUGCAGAAGUCGGCCGAGGCGUCCCGAGUGCUGGAGCACCGAGAGCGCAGCCGCAGGACCCGGCACCGGGAGGCCGGGGACGGCCUCCUGGCGCUGCGGGCCAAGCCGCCCUCAGGGGCCGAGUACACCGACGUGCUUCAGAAAAUCAAGUACGCCUUCAGCCUGCUGGCCCGGUUGCGCGGCAACAUCGCCAACCCCACCUCCCAGGAGCUGCUGCACUUCCUGUUCGGACCUCUGCAGAUGAUUGUAGACACCUUGGGCGGCCCGCAGUUGGCCAGAGGCGUGAGGCAGCCGCAUCUGACUUCGGAGGCUGUGACACUGCUGCGGGACAACGUCACUCAGCGUGAAAACACGCUCUGGACCUCGCUGGGGGACUCUUGGACCCGCCCGGGGGUGGACCUGCCCCCAGAGGAGGGGCCCCCAUACAGACCUGAGUUCUACAGCGGCUGGGAGCCCCCAGCCGUGGACCCACAGGGCCGUGCCUGGGAGGACCCAGUAGAGAAACAGCUACAGCAUGAGAGGCGGCGCCAGCAGCAAAGCGCUCCCCAGGUCGCUGUCAAUGGUCACCCAGACGGGGAACCAGAAGCUGAGCCCCAGGGGCCGGAGCCGGCAGGAAAGUGGGCCCUAUGUAAUUAUGACUUCCAGGCGCGCAACAGCAGUGAGCUGUCCGUCAAGGAGUGGGACAUACUGGAGGUCCUAGAUGACCGGCGCAAGUGGUGGAAGGUUCAGGACCAGCGGGGGCAGAAGGGAUACGUACCCUAUAAUAUCCUGACACCCCACCCGGGGCCGCGGGGGGGCUGCAGUCUGGAGAAUAGCACGGCCGUUCCCCCUCCACCACCAGCGCCGGCCCCGGGCCCGGCUCCGGCUACCCCUCUUCCACCAGAGCCGGCCCCGGCCCUGGCUCCCCCCGCUCUUCCCGCAUCUGCCUUGGCCCCGGCCCCUGGGCCCCCGCCCCCUCCUCCUCCACCACCAGCGCCAGCCCUGGCUCCAGGAGGAGCGCAGACCCAGGCUCCGGCUCCGGCUCCGGCUCCAGCUCGGUCUCCCAGGGACAGCUGCGAGAACCUCAGCAACUUGGACUCGGGCAAGAAGGAGAAUUUCUGCCCGAUGCUCAUGCUCAGUAUCAACGAGGAGCUGCAGGCACGCCUGGCCCAGGGCCUCACGGGCCCCAGCCGCGCAGCCCCGGGGCCUCGCGCCCCGGAGUCGCAGCUCAGCCCUCGCUCCAGCGCCUCGGAGGUCUGCGCCUGGCUGCAGGCCAAGGGCUUCAGUUCAGGGACCGUCGCGGCGCUGGGAGAACUGAGCGGCGCUCAGCUGUUCUCGCUGCCGAAGGAGAAGUUUCGGGCGCUUAGCCCCGAGGAGGGGGCGCGCGUGUAUAGCCAGAUCACGGUGCAGCGCUCGCUGCUGGAGGACAAAGAGAACGUGUCAGAGCUGGAGGCAGUGAUGAAGAAGCAAAAGAAGAGAAUGGAAAACGAGGUGGAAACGGAAGUCAUUUGAUCCUUUCCCUCCCCUCCGCUCAGAGUUUCGAGGCAGCCCCACGAGAGAUCGGACUCUGCAGACUGCCCUCGCCAACGGAAUUAGAUCCCCAGCCGUGGUCUUACCCUGUCCGGGUAGAUAAAGAGGCCCGUCCUUGCUGGAGUCUCCUGAGCGAGUGCUCUCGGAUUGACCGAGAGCUGGCUUUAGAGACAAUUCGGGGGACGUGCUUGUGUUCGGGAGCCCUGUGCAUUGUGAUGUGCGGCCCAGUCUAUAAACAGCCUCCUCUUAGCAGGCGGUGUCAAUGGCUGUCCUCUCUCUACCCAGGUGUCAGGGGCCAAGCACCUGCCCUUCACCCCAGCUACAGCCUCACAGGAAGUGAAUACAGGAGAUGUCCCCACCCUCCUUGGUUUCUUCCUCUGAUCCUCCUCUCCCUCCCUGGGGCCCCAACUGAGACUUCUGCCCUCCCAGCCUCCAGAUUGUCCUUGAGUUCACUCCAAAGGGACUGAACAUCCAGCGUCCCGGUGCGC